AUGGUAGGAGACGAAGCUGGCGACGCUGCCGUGGUAGUACGAUCGAAGGAGAUGAGUCCAUCGAUGACACAUCCCAUGUUGAAUGCAACAAACUAUGCAGUCUGGACGAUGAAGAUGAAGGUUAUGUUGGGGAUUCAUAAGGUGUGGGAAACUAUUGAGCCAGGUUCUCUCUCGUUAGAGAAGAACGAUGUUGCUACGGGUUUGAUCUUCCAAUCAAUUCCGGAGUACCUUGUUAUUCAAGUUGGCGCGAAAGAAACUGCAAAAGAGAUUUGGGAUAAAACCAAGACCCGUAACUUAGGAGCUGAUCGUGUCACUUAUUUUUCUUUUCUGUUAGAAUAUGAAACCUUUUUAUUUUAG